AAAUUUAUGAAUUUAUUGAAAAUUGUGUGUAAAUAUUCAGAAAUAACUAUUGUAAAAUGUGCAAAAUAUAUGAGAAUAUCUAUGAAAGUGUUGUAAAGAUGUGAGCGAGGCAAAUGAAAGUGUGAAAAUAGAUUUGAGCUAAUAGGUGAUGCUUUGAAAACGCUGUUCAGCAAAAAGGGAGAAAUUUUGAUGACGGUCAGAAGAGUAUACGUGCGUGUGUGGUUUUUGAGUGCGAUUUUUGUGUUGUGUACGUAUAAAAAAACAUAAUUAAAAGGAAGUAAGUGCGAUAAGAAAAUAUAUAAAAAAAAAAUAAGUCCUUUACAAUAUCUACUCAUUCAAAGCAGUGUAAUCCCAACUCAGUUAUGUAAAAUUAAUGGAUCUUCGCAAAACGAAAUUGGAUCUGAAUAUAUACAACAAAGCAUUUGCCAAAGCGGGGGCGUUAAGCUGCUCAACAAAAGCUUAUUAAAUGUAUAAAUUCCACAGGCGUAUUUAUGGGAAUCACAUUACUGGCGCUGUCAACAACUAAUACUUCAUAACCAAAAUAAGUUGGACUAUUAGUAAAAUAAAUGGCAAACUUCUAUAAAAGUGCAAAGAAUACACAUAAUUUUUUUGGUAGAAACUCCAGAUAAAUGCAAAUAUUCCAUACAAAUAUCCAUUUGUAAAUAACGAAGUUUGCUUACAAAAAUAGAGACAUGUUAGUUUUAACAUAAAAAAAUUUGUAGAACAAGUUUUGUUACACAUUUGCGCUACACCCUACCCCCACAAUCAACCAUUCCAACAUAUACAAUACAGCUUGCAAGUAGCAGCCUUCAGAGUUCAGUGCCACCGGCUAUCGCUAAGCGACCGCACAACCGCUUCUUCCCAAAGCAGAAUACAGCAAACUGAAAAAAAUAUAUAAAUAAAAAAAAUAAAAAACAAAAGCAAUCAUGAAUUCAACUGGACACAUCAAUAGCGUCACUAUCAUUACCAGUAAUAGUAAUACGACUAGUAGUCUCAAUCAUAACAACAGCACCAAUACCAACAGCAUUGUCAUAAACACGAGUAACAGCAAUGCGAAUAAUAUAAGUAAUUCGCUGCCCGCCUCCACAACAAUUGCUGCCGCUACAAAUCACACAACAACUACCCACAUAACAACGACCAGUAGCAGUAACAAUACAACAACAGCAGCAGCAACAACUGUUUCAAAAACAACAGCAGGAGGAGAUGCAACAAAUGCGCCACUGAUGACCAAUAAUAUUAGUAGCAAAACUAUAACAGCACUAGAUGAUCAGGAAGCGUUGCUACAACGUGCCGCCGAUGAACGUGAAGCGAUUUUCAAUCGUUAUUCAUUGGGUUUAGAUCCAAAGAAUGUGGUGGACCCUUGGGAGAAUCCCACAUUUGAGCUAUAUCACAUUACGGACAAAUAUGGCUUCAUGCACGAUUCCCGCCUACCUGAUACCCGCGACUCACAGGAACUACAACGUACGAAAAUCGAAUUGGAGCGCGACAAGAAAUGGAUGAAAAUGUUAGCCAAUUGGAAUCCCAAUAAUGAGAAAGUACGCAGACGUGUCUUUAAAGGUAUACCGGAUCGUAUGCGUUGGCCAGCGUGGAAGAAAUUACUGAAUGUUGAUGAAUUGAUUGUGGCCAAUCGUGAUAAGUAUGCGUCUAUGUUGGCAUUGGCGCGUAAAUACUCCACCGAGGUGCGUCAAAUCGAUUCGGAUGUAAAUCGACAAUUUCGUGAUAAUGUCGCCUACCGUCAACGGUAUAGCGUUAAACAGUGCUCCCUAUUCAAUGUACUCAAUGCUUAUAGUAUAUAUAAUCCGGAAUUGGGUUAUUGUCAGGGUAUGGCAUGCCUUGCCGGUGUACUGUUGCUCUUCAUGCAGGAGGAGGAGGCAUUUUGGGCGUUAAAUCAAUUGAUUAUCGAUCGUAAAUAUGCUAUGCAUGGCUUAUUUAUAGAGGGCUUCCCGAAAUUGACACGCUUCCUUGAACAUCAUGAUCGAAUUAUGUCGAAGAUGAUGCGGAAGUUGCAUCAACAUUUUAUGAAACACAAUGUGGAUGCCAUUCUUUAUUCGAUUAAGUGGUUUUUCGUGAUCUUUGUGGAGCGGAUACCCUAUAGUUUAGCUUUACGCGUUUGGGACAUUUACCUAUUGGAAGGUGAUCGUGUCGUCACCGCCAUGGCCGUCACCAUACUCUAUUUGCACAAACAUGAAUUGUUGCGUCUCAACGAUAUGGACUCAAUUAUUGAAUAUUUACAAGUGAAAUUGCAUAAAAAUUUCGGUUACAACGAUGAUUACGUAAUUGAGGCACUCGAACGUAUGAUGAAGAAAUUGAAAGAUUUAAAAUUGGAUGUAGCGCCGCCGGCGAAAGCGAAUGAAUUCCCCGUACGGCCAUUAGGACAAUUUAUUGAGGCUGAUAUUGAGAAGAAGAUCGGUCGGCGAAGAUCAGAAUAUACGGAUAAUGAGAAACAAGUUAUAACCGAUGUGAUAUUAAGAUCUGAGCAAAAUGCAGUCGAAGUACAAUCAACCAUGUCCUAUGAGACGUCUGAAUGCGCUACCGAAUAUCGUAUUGUUUAUAUGCAAAGCUAAAAAAAAUUGUAUGCGAGUCUGUGCCAAAUUUUCGAAAAUAUCCGUUAACGUUAGUCGCACUCUAUAUACUUUCUAUUUCACCAUUUAUAUUAUUUUUUUAUGAGCAUAUAUUGUAUAUGCUGCGUAUUGAUAUUCUUUUCGAUAUAUAUACUUAAAACUAUUGAACAUUUAAUUCCUAUUUUAUUCAUAUAUACGAACAAGUACUGUCUGUCAACAAGUCUAUUAUAUAUAUACAAUAUUCUACUUAUAAUUUAAUACCUUUACUACAUAUGUUAUAUAUUUACGUAAAACAACAUUUUAUAUUCUUUAUCGACUUUUUAUGUAUGCAUUUGUAUAUUAUAUAUUAUAAUUAAAGAAAAAAAGAUUGUAAUGAGCUUGUUUGAUUUACAAUCGCAACGUGCGAUACAACACAGUGGCAGCCUCCUCAAUUGUGUAACGUUUUAGCUGUCAAAUAUUCGGCAGUUAUUGCGGGACAAAUAAAAUAACACGCGAAAGUAAAAUUUUUCUUUGCAUAAUUGCAAUGGAGAUGGAAAAAUUGUUAAAAUAGUUAUGUAUACAUUUGGUGUACACAUACUUAUAUCAUUUAUCAGAUGUAUUGCCGCUUUUAUAGCAUAGCGUUGCUAGCAAGUUCACACUUUUGCACUCGUGCAUUUAAAAAUUCCAUAGCGCUUUUCGUACGCCGAGCGCCAUGACACUUGCAUAAAAAAGAAAAUGAUUUAAAUUAAAAAAAUAUAUAUGUAUAUGUAUAAUAGUACGAAACAUUUAUAAUUUGUACAAAACAAUUAAAAGUCUAUGCAUUUCAUAAUUUGCAGUGUAGUUUAUGUGUUUUUUCGUUUAUAAAUAAAAAUGUACUGAUAUUCAAUGAAUAGCUGUUUAAUGAAUAAAUUACACAUUAAAAAUAUGCGUUCAUAAAAAAU